AUGUCAUUUAUCGUCAUUUCAGAGCAUCACAGAUGUGAUUCCUGCCGCAAAAUUUAUAAACGCAAGCAUACAUGUUUUGGGCGUUCACAUAGACGACCGAAAGGCCUCGUGCUUUUAAACCCAGGGUCAAAAUUUGAUGGUCAAAGUCAUGGGGUGAACAGUCAAAGGAGGCAAAAUUUGUCGGGCAAUAGAGUCAAACCGCAGCCAGAUCUGGAAAGUUCAGACCGAAUCUGGCCAUGCGAAGGGUCAAAGACGCUGGCAAACGGCACGGCAGAUUAUCUCACACAACGUGUCCUGAUGACUAGCCGAGUUGACUUUGACAAUUUUCAGUUAGCGCCAUCGAAUGCUGCGUAUUUGGACCUCAGCCAAGAGUGGAGUUGCGCGUCGGCCAAGCAACUUUUACAACUACGUGCUAGGGUCACCCAUCGGCACAGCAUUUUAAUGCGGCUCAGCGGUGACAUCAAGGGCUCCGAGAAUACCAUUAAAUCAUUCUUAUCUAGCCUGAAUGCCGGACCUACUUGCUCCGCUUUGUCCGAGGAUCUUGCGGCUCUAUAUCUUUCACAGGCGAUGAACCACAUAUACAACUUUAAUUUUCAUGAAUCACAUAGAGAAGUUAAGAAGUGGACGCCUAAUGCAUCAGGAGGGCAGGAGCGCCUGCUUUGGGACCUGAUACUUUGUGUCGGCCGCAUCAUGCGAGGAGAAGGACGGUUCGAAGAGUCGAAGAUUUGCUUUGACACUUGUCUUUCAACUCCGGGCCUGCGCGAAUCUAAACGUCUCCUCGUUCGAUCCGCUCUUGCCGAUCUCUACUGUGAGCUGGACUAUCUACAGAUGGGGAAGCAGAACUUUUGUCUCUCUCAGGCAAAUGCAAUGGUGGAAUUGGAAAUUAAAAGAUUAAGGCUAUCGUCCGGUCAGCACCGCAAAGGAUUUCGGCGCUUACUUCUUUCCCUAACGGAGGUUAGAAUCAGGCAGGGACGGCACCGAGACGCUGACCUCUUGACCAGAGAGUUGAUAAUUAUUUAUGACAACAUCAGGGAACCGGACAUCGUGGACCGACUUGGCCAUGUCCGGGCGCUCAUUGCCUUUGCGCGUCUCGCUCCAUCGCCCGAGGAUGCAUUGAAGAGGUGGAAAGAUGUUCUACUCUGGAAUAAAUUCUACAAUCCUUUAGAGGAAGAAGUUUUCACCUGCGGUGUGGUCUACCUAUUUCUUUGCAUUACAUGGUACAAACUUGGUGAUAUUGACAAGAGCAAGCAAUGCCUUCAAAACGCGGUGCAAGUGAUUGAGCGGAAACAGCGUCAGUUUUUAAUCCCGGGGAUCGGGACCUAUCUCUUUCAUGAUGUGUGUGAUCAGGUAUAUUCUGAGAUAUGGCGGUUGGGAGAUUCCACAGCAGCGUUGCACAGCCGACUCCAGCGAUGUCUAGUCUACCCAACAGCCACCGCGCCAGUCGCAGUAAACAGGACCGGCUAA